CACAUCUCACCCACGAACCCACUGCUCUCUUGGGUGAUGAGGAGCGUCGGAACAAGCAUUGUGUCGCCCGAACCUUUGCCGACAUCGCCAGCUCUGCCAGCCUUGCCACCAUCUUCGUCUCUCUCAACAACCGCAGUCGAGUGAGCUUCAUAUCCAAGACUCGCCUAGGCGAAAGCGGGAGGGUAAGCAGCGGAAGCUGGAGCCACGACGACAACAACGUGCGUUCCAUAGGUGCCAGAUCUGCUUAAGAAAAUCACUUCAUCGCAUCUUUCUGACCGACGUACGUCAUGUCUCCUAUUUUUGCUAUCAUCAUUAGUAUGCUUCGCCGGCCAGAUCUGCUAUCACUAUGGGAACCGCAUGGAUAUGCUAUGAUCGUUGGGGAAGUUUCGACAGUGCUAGGGUUUCAAACUAUUUUCCGGCGAGGAAAAACUUGUGUUUGAACACAAUGAAUGCACAUUGACUUCUCGAACAACGAUUAAUAACACGGUUCACACCUCUCCGAACAAUGUUCGAACGAGGGUGUUUGAUGAUUAUAAUGGCUGAUAAAACUAAGUUAAAUUACUUCUACUCCGAUGGAGGUUCAGUGAGAGCUCCAAAAACUAAAAGCCACAACUAUGGCUACAUUGCAGAGAAAAGAUAAGUUUGACAUGUGGUGCCAAAUGUUUGGUUGUGGACCCUUUUCUCGUCUUCGUUUCUCCUAUUUAUAGCCAUCGGGUGUAACUGCCUUGGUAACCACCGUAGUAACUGCUAGCUGGCCUCUUGCUCCAAACCGCCUCGGGGUCCCUUAUCCCGCCUUGGUGACAAGUUGGUAACCGUCGCCUUGAGGGCCCUUGUCCUGCCUUGAGGCUGGUGAGCACUUUAUGGUCUCGAUGCCGGGCCGGGUUGGUGUUGAGUCUCUUUGUCUUAGCCUCCAUGAUGAAGUCUUGAUCACAUCCUCGAUAGCCUUGACGACUCCACAUUCCUCAUCUUGGUAGCCACCUCGACGAACCGUCUUGAUAGCUAGGCCAUAUUACCCACCUAGACAAGAUGAGAACUUGGCCCCUUUACCCACCAAGUUUCCACACUCAGUCUUACAGAGACUGUCAUGAGACCACUUGUUAUCUUGGUAUCAAGCUCGUCUUGUCGACUUGAUACACCCUCCUACCAAGCCGACCCUGUCGGUCUGAUCUCCAUACUUAUUUUUUAGAAUCUCAUCUUGGUAUCUUGCACCCGGCGAGCUUGGUCGCCCGUUAGGGGGCCAUCUUGCCCAUCUUGGGACUUAGUCUCCAUAUGGCCCCCUGAGGGGCUCUACAAGUCCUUGUCAUAUGGACACCCUUAGCUCGGCAUUCUGGCCGAUCUAUCCAUGGUUGUUUGAUACCUCAGCUAGCUGCCCUGCCUUAGUCAAAUUUAUUGUCUUGUUGGCUUGAUACCCGAUGUAUGGCUAUCAAGUCCGUCUUGUCGGCUUCAUAUCCAGACUUAGUUUCUUUAUGACUCUCUUAGUUGGUACCUGGCUUGGCCCCCUGUUGCCUGGCCAUAAAGUCAGUUUUGCCGGCUUGAUACCCCCUUGGGGUCAUGGUACCAUGGUCCAUGAAACCGUAUCGUACCGGCGGUUCAAUCACAAAAUACCAUUAUCAGAGGCUAAAUCGGUAUGCGGUAUUUAACGGUACUAACGGUUAAACCAUGAUUUUGCUAUAAAAUACCCUACCGCUGACUUUUCUGGUACGGUGUCCAGUACGGUUUCAUGGACCAUGCAUGGUACCCUGUCUCCUUGCUUGGCUACCAAGCUUGUCUUGCCGACUUAGUACCUUAUAGGGUUCUUCGUACUGAGGUUGCCUUGCCGACCUAGUACCCACUUAGCUCCAUACUAAGCUAAAUUCAUGCUUUUCAUGUCUUGGUACCAAACCAUGCCUUGCCGGUUUGGUCCCCUCUUUGCUAUUGGUGGUAUAGCAUCGUGCCGUAUGGCCCCCCUGGCCAUGUGAUUCCAUACUUAGCCAAUUUUGUCUUUUGCUAGCAAGUCUGCCUUGUAGUAGUACCAAGGUCGUCUUGCCUGCCUGGUACCCUAUUGCCUGGCUACCAAGCCUGUCUUGCCGGCUUGGUACCUCGUUGGCUUCGUACUUAGCCAAUUUUCAUAUAUUUUGGUAUCAAGCCUGACUUGCCGGCAUGGUAUCCUCUUGGCCCUAUACUUAGCCAAAUUCUAUGUCAUAGUACCAAGCCCUGCCUUGCCGGCUUGAUACCGCGUCGUUGACCCCCUUACUUGUUACCUGGUCAUUCGGCACCUCGUUGUGCCGCCUUGUUUCCAGACUUAGUUUUUGGAUGACCUCUUAUUUGGUAUCUGGCUUGGUACCCGGUCGUUUGGCACCCUGUUGUGUCGCCUUGUUUCCAGACUUAGUUUUUGGGAGCCAAAUCUCAUACCAAGGGGUGGAGGCAUCGUCCGGCUAUGGGGGCCACGGAGCCGGGUCGGCCAUCGUAUAAAGAAGAAGGGGUUUGGCCACUUAUGCCCCAAAACCCAACCCAAUAAGGCCUAACUAGCUCUUUUAAUUAUUAAUGUUGAUCUGGCCUUAUAAAUCUAUUAAUCCGCUUGUAAUUAAUCGAUGUGUUAUAAGCUGAUUUUUGUAUGGGGAAACACAAACCUAGGAAAGUGGCAGAGCUGAUAGAAUUCUAUAUCCAAAAGGCAACAAUAGUGUUGCUUGGGUGUGGAAAUGGGAUUAGCGCCAAUAUUAUUUCUAUUUAGUUGUUAUUUAUUUUGGGUAGUAGUGUUUGUGUAGUAAUGAUGUAAUAUGUAUUAAUAGUGUUUUUAUUGUAAAUAGUAUUUAUAUUCGGUAAUUGUUUGUAAUAUUUUGCAUAGUUAUAGUAUUAUUUGUUAAUUUGUAGUAUUUUCUUCAUUUGAAGUAGUGUUUUUCUUAACUUUUGCCAAUAAUUACUAAUUAAAAAUGCAACUAACACUACAAGAAAAUUGAUCUUUCAUCACGAGAUUUUAAUUGUGGGAUUUUUCCAUUGCUAAAGAUUUAAAUGUUGUCACGGGGAAUAAUUCUCAUAAUUAAUUGAGAUGGACAAUCUUAAUUUAUAAUGGGGUAUCAGCCCAUAAUGAUAGAAUGAGAGGUUCUCGUGACAGAUGAAACCAAAAGGCCAAAAUCAUUAAUUAAAAAUUAAAACAAAAGAAAAGUGCAGUUGGUUUCUCUUUCUCAUUUUGGCUUCCCAAAAUCCCUAGCUCAAAAUCAGAUACUCCCCACGUAUAGUUCCUUCCCCAUUGCCAGCCUCCUUGUUCCUUGCACAACGUCGGUGUUCCUUACCCCAUCGACGUUAAUGAACAAAAGUAACAUAAUUAUAGUAGGAAUACGAAGACAGCAUGCUGCCAAAAUUGUUUGUUUCUAUUCUAGGAAGAGAAGUUGGGCAGACCUUCAACUAUAGUUGAGCUAGUGUUUGAGACCUAUAAAGAAGGAAACAUGAUAAAAGAUGAUGCAGCAAAUGAAAGACAUGUAACUUUUAUUCACAAUUCGUGCCUUUAAUCACUUAGGUUGCUUGACUAUUUUAACUGUGGUGUGUUCUUGAUUAGGCUAAAAUACUUGAGAUAAUGGAAGCCAAUCCGGACUUCACUGCACUUGAAGUGGUAGAAGCAACAUUAGAACAAAAGCGUGGUCAUGUGAUUUAUUUUGGAGGUGGCUUGAGGCCUAAGGAUUUAAAGAGCUCAACUUCCACAAAGGAUGCAACGGAUGCGAAUUUGGAAGCCCAAUUGAGACGGUUAGAUGAAGAAACGGAAGCUCUUCAACGGUCUGUCAUCGAAUUGAAGGGUAUUGUUGCUGAACAAGUUGAAGAGAUGGCCAAUCUGAAGGGUGAAAUGAAGAAGUUACAAGAGAUGUUCGACAGUAGUCAAAAUAGACAACAUUAGGUACGUAUUCUUGUUCCUCAACAACUUUAGAACACUGAAUUCCUAUAUGUUUAUUGAGUUGUUGUUUAUUGUUGAUUGGAUAUAGACUACAUGUCAUCAUCCACCCAGAGAAAUGAUGAUGACUAGUUGUGAUGAACAAUGAAUUUAUAUCAUUAUA